UGCUCCACAAGGAGUUUGCAAACAUAAUCCUUCCUCCUCCUCAGAGCAGCAGCAGCCAAGUGCUCGGUUGAGUUGAGGGCAGACAACUAACACAACCAUGCCGCUUCAUAGAUUAGCUGCGCAGCUACCAUGGCUUGGCAUAGCUCUUGCGGUGACUCUCUCUGCCGUUGGAGCAUUGGCGCCGCCUAGCAGCAACUGCCAGAGAAAAUGUGGCGAUGUCGAUAUCCCAUAUCCAUUCGGCAUUGGGCCUGACGACUCGCCUGAUCACUGCUCCUUGCCCGGCUUCAACCUGACCUGCAUGGACGGCAGGCCAUAUUUAAUUGAUGUGGAGGUUCUUGGCAUCUCGCUGCAGCAAGGCUUUGCCCGGAUGAGGAUGGACAUGUCGCCUUAUUGCUACAAUACCUCCACUAAGGAAAUGAAUGGCCAGGACGGAUGGAAGCUGAACCUGAGAGGUACGCCCUACAGAUUCUCGGAGACUGGUAACAUGUUUACAGUCGUUGGGUGCAGAACGCUGGCAUACAUUGCAGAUGAGAAUGACGUGGGCAGGUACAUGAGCGGUUGUGUCUCCAUGUGCCGGCGAGGCGAUGUAAGAACCCUGACUGAUGGCUCAUGCUCCGGCAUGGGCUGCUGCCAGACAGCAAUCCCCAAGGGCUUGCAGUACUACCAAGUGUGGUUCGACGAAGGAUUCAAUACGUUGGAGAUCUACAACACCAGCCGUUGCAGCUAUGCGGCGCUUGUCGAGGCAUCCAACUUCACAUUCUCCAAAAGCUACGCUACAUCAUCGGCGUUCUAUGAUACUUAUUCUGGGCAGCCGCCGUUGAUCGUGGACUGGGCUAUCGGGAAUGAAACUUGCGAUGUAGCCCAGAAAAAGACUGAGUCAUACGCAUGCAUCAGCAGUAACAGUCAGUGCUUCAAUUCAGACAAUGGAAAAGGCUACAUCUGCAACUGCACCCAAGGGUUCCAAGGGAAUCCGUACCUUGUUGACGGAUGCAAAGAUGUUGAUGAAUGUAACAAUCUGGAGAAAUAUCCUUGCUCUGUGAAGGGAACAUGCAAGAACAUUCGAGAUGGAUUUGAAUGUAUUUGCCCUCCGCAUUACCCAAAAGGCAAUGCGUACAAUGGGACAUGUGAGAAAGACCAGUCAAUUCCCUUAAAAGUCACAAUUCCAAUAGGAGUUUUUGCAUGUGUUGUGGUUGGUCUUUUACUUUUCCUCGGUCUAGAAUGGGUCAAGCACAAACGACGAAUAAUAAGGCAAGAAUACGUCAGGAAGAUGAAUGAAUGCUUUCAGCUGAAUGGAGGCCAAUUGCUAAUGGAUAUGAUGAAAGUAGAGGGCAACAUAACAUUUAAAUUGUAUAACCGAGAAGAAAUUGAGUUGGCGACAAACAACUUUGACAAAAGCUCAAUCAUUGGUGAAGGUGGUCAGGGGACUGUUUAUAUAGGGCACAAUUUGGAUAUGGAAAAUAAUCCUGUUGCUAUCAAGAUCUGCAAGGGAUUUGAUGAGAGCAGGAGAACGGAAUUUGGUAAGGAGCUUCUUAUACUUUCUCGAGUCAAACAUGAAAACAUUGUCCAGAUUUUAGGUUGCAGUUUGCAAUUUGAAGCUCCAGUUCUGGUGUAUGAAUAUGUGCCAAACCGAACCCUACACUACCUAAUUCAUACCCAAGAUGAUGCAUCUAUCAGAACUCUACCAAUCCGUCUUAAAAUUGCUGCCGAGAUUGCUGCAGCACUUGCAUACCUACAUUCUCUUAGCCGCCCAGUCUUUCAUGGAGAUGUCAAGUCCGUCAAUAUUCUUCUAGGCCAUGAUCUCUCUGCGAGAGUUUCUGAUUUUGGGUGCUCGAUGAUUAGGUCAGCUGAUGAAAAUGUUCAAGUAGUGAAGGGGACAAUGGGCUACUUAGAUCCGGAAUACUUAUUGAACUUUGAGCUUACAGAUAAGAGUGAUGUUUAUAGCUUUGGUGUUGUUCUUUUGGAGCUCAUUACACGUAGGACGGCACUCUCCAAAACAAAGGAAAGCCUCGUGUCUGUCUUCACAGAAGCAGUGAAGGAGAGCAAGCUUAGGGAGCUCAUAGAUAGGGAGAUAGCCAGCGAUGAAAACAUGGACUCUUUACUUCAUGUAGCUGAGAUAGCACGUCAAUGCUUGGUCAUGUCUGGUCAACAAAGGCCAAUGAUGAGGCAGGUAGCGGAGGAACUCCAGCGAUUGGCAGGUCCGAUUCCACAGGGCACUCGAGUGUUUCAUGGUGUUAUUACUCCACUCUUGUCAUUGGGACCGUCAUCUAACAAUGCAUCAGGUGACCAUACUAUUGAAGACAGCACAGGUUACUACACCCUCCAGAAGAAAGCCUCGCUGAGCAUAGAGUUUGCAAGAUGAAAUAAAUCAACAUGAACAUUAAUUGCGGCUUCGCACAUGUAGUAUAUUUAUGUGUACCUGUACAAAUUCAAUUAUUUGGCAUGUUCUCACUUGAGCACGCCAAUCAUUAUAGGUUAUCUUCUUA